UCAUGUCAUCAUCAUCGACAUCGGGUCUGUUGUCCUGUCAUAUGCAGUGAGCUUGCAUUUAAGCCCAAAAUAUUUAAAUUCACAAAUUUAGCUGAAUAACUCUUUUAUUAAACACAUUCUUUCAUUAAACUUGAAAUUUUUCAAUUUAUAUAGGUGGACCAUAUUAAUCCUCAACAUGACUUCCAACGGUGAUAUCGAAAGCCUCGAUGCUAGCGGCAAAAUAAUAAAAAUGGAAGUGGAUUAUAGUGCAACAUGUGAUGAAAAGAUACCUAUCUGGAAAUCAUGGGCAGCUAGUGGCAAGGUUCAAGAAGCUAUUGACCAACUCUUAGCUCUUGAAAAACAGACCCGAACGGGAGCUGAUAUGGCUUCAACGGCAAGGAUCUUAGUCACUGUAGUACAAAUUUGUUUUGAAGCUAAGAACUGGACAGCUUUAAAUGAUCACAUAAUUUUACUCUCAAAGAGGAGGUCACAACUAAAGCAAGCUGUUGUAAAGAUGGUCCAGGAGUGUUGUAUGUAUGUGGACAAAACACCAGACAAAGAAACAAAAAUAAAGCUUAUUGAAACACUGAGAACUAUAACUGAAGGGAAAAUUUAUGUUGAAGUGGAGAGAGCUCGCCUCACCCAUAUUCUAGCUAAAAUUCGUGAGGAGGAGGGAAAUGUUGCAGAAGCAGCAAAGAUAAUACAGGAGCUGCAAGUGGAAACAUAUGGCUCUAUGGACAAGAGAGAGAAGGUGGAACUGAUCUUGGAGCAAAUGAGGCUUUGUCUAGCUAUUAAAGACUAUAUUAGAACUCAAAUCAUCUCCAAGAAAAUUAACACAAAAUUCUUCGAAGAGGAAAACACUCAGGAAUUAAAAGAAAAGUUCUACCGGCUAAUGAUUGCUGUGGACCAGCACAACGGAGCGUAUUUAUCGGUGUGCCGUCAUUUCCGCGCCCUCGGCCAGGCUGGUGGGUCCGACGCGCUCAUUGGCAGCGUUGUGUUCCUUGUACUUGCGCCGUAUGAUAAUGAGCAAGCUGAUUUGACACAUAGACUCAACGAAGAUAAGGAUUUGGACAAAUUGCCUGAGUACAAACAACUCCUGGGCCUGUUUAUCAACCCCGAGAUAAUAAGAUGGAACAUGCUUUGCUCUUCAUAUGAGAAGAUGCUCAGAGCAACACCAUACUUCAAUGCCUCUGAUGAAAAGGGACAGGAACGUUGGAAUGAUCUUAAGAACAGAGUAGUAGAACAUAAUAUCCGCAUAAUGUCAAUGUACUAUACACGUAUCACGCUUCAACGUAUGAGCGAGCUGCUCGGUCUGAGUGUGACGGAGACAGAGGACGCCUUGAGCCAGCUCGUUGUGAGCAGCGUUGUAAAGGCCAAAAUCGACCGGCCUGCUGGAGUCGUGCACUUUAGGUUGAACAUGGAUUCGUCGGACCGUUUGAACGAAUGGUCGCAGAACCUAAACACGUUGAUGCAACUGGUUAACAAAACCACACAUCUGAUCAACAAAGAGGAAUGCGUCCACAAACAUCUGCUCGCUACUGCGGAUUAAAUGCGUUUCGUUUAGCAAUGUGUUCAUUAUUUCUGAACGCCUCAAACUUACUUUUAAAUGUAUUUCUAUAAGAUUAGAGAAUAAAUAUUUCAUACA